AUGGGGGCUGGAGCCAGUGCUGAGGAGAAACACUCAAGGGAGCUGGAAAAGAAGCUCAAGGAAGAUGCAGAGAAAGAUGCCAGGACCGUGAAGCUGCUUCUGCUGGGGGCUGGUGAGUCCGGAAAAAGCACCAUCGUUAAGCAGAUGAAAAUUAUCCAUCAAGACGGUUACUCCCUGGAGGAGUGCCUGGAGUUCAUUGCCAUCAUCUAUGGCAACACCCUGCAAUCCAUUCUGGCCAUUGUCCGGGCCAUGACAACCCUCAACAUCCAGUAUGGAGACUCAGCCAGACAAGAUGAUGCAAGGAAGCUGAUGCAUAUGGCAGACACCAUCGAGGAGGGAACAAUGCCCAAGGAGAUGUCAGACAUCAUUCAACGACUGUGGAAGGACUCGGGAAUUCAGGCCUGCUUUGACCGAGCCUCUGAAUACCAGCUCAACGACUCAGCAGGAUACUACCUCUCAGACCUGGAGCGGCUGGUGACCCCUGGCUAUGUGCCCACGGAGCAGGACGUGCUGAGGUCCCGAGUCAAGACAACAGGCAUCAUUGAGACCCAAUUCUCCUUCAAGGACCUCAACUUCAGAAUGUUUGACGUGGGAGGCCAGCGCUCAGAGAGGAAAAAAUGGAUACACUGCUUCGAAGGUGUCACCUGCAUCAUCUUCAUUGCGGCUCUCAGCGCCUACGACAUGGUGUUGGUAGAAGAUGAUGAAGUGAACCGAAUGCACGAAAGUCUCCACCUGUUCAACAGCAUCUGUAACCAUCGUUACUUUGCCACAACCUCCAUCGUCUUGUUCCUUAACAAAAAGGAUGUUUUCACCGAGAAGAUUAAGAAGGCCCAUCUCAGCAUCUGCUUCCCUGAUUAUGACGGUCCCAACACCUACGAGGAUGCGGGCAACUACAUUAAGCUACAGUUCCUGGAGCUGAACAUGCGGCGGGACGUCAAGGAGAUUUACUCGCACAUGACUUGCGCCACAGAUACCCAGAACGUCAAGUUCGUAUUCGACGCGGUCACCGACAUCAUCAUCAAGGAGAACUUGAAGGACUGCGGCCUCUUCUGA